AUGGCAACAAUAAUUGAAGGAAAAGAAUUAAUAAAAAAUGACAAUGUUAAGAAAAUGCUGAAAGAGCAUAUAAAAAAAAAUAAUUUAAUUGGCUUCCCAACAGAAACAGUAUAUGGGUUAGGAGGAAAUUCAUUAAGUGAAAUUUCUUUGAAAAAUAUAUUUAAAAUGAAAAAUAGACCAAUUAGUGAUCCUAUAAUAUCACAUGUAUAUGAUAUAGCACAAGCAUUUGAUCAAUUAUAUCAUAUAAAUAUGUAUGAAAAAUAUAUUAUAUAUAUAUUAAAUAUGAAAUUUUCUCCUGGCCCAUUAUCAAUUAUAGCAAAAGCAAAGGAGCACCUUCCAUUAAUUUUAACAGCACAUACUCAAUUUUGUGCUGUAAGAAUACCAAAUAAUAAAAUUGCAAAAGAAAUUAUAAAAAUAUGUGAUACACCAAUAGCUGCCCCAUCUGCUAAUAAAUUCCAGCAUAUUAGUCCAACAAAUUCUUUACAUGUUUAUGAAGAAUUUAAAGAUGAAAAUAUUUUAAUUUUUGAUGAUGGGCAAUGUGAUAUAGGAAUUGAGUCUACUGUAAUAAAAAUAAUAAAGUAUAAAAAAGAGAAAGAAAAAAAUAUAAAUAGUUCUAAUCAUAAUGAAAAUGGGAAUGAGAAUUUUGAUGAAUAUGCCAGUGACGAUGAAAUAAUAAUAGAUGAAGAAUAUGAAAAAGAAUGCAACAGCGAAAUAAGCAAUUUAAAAUGCACAUUAAAUUGUAAAAAUGAUGUUUCAAAUUUUGAAGUUUUUGAAAAAUUAAAAGAAGUAUUUGAAAUGAUUAAAGCAAAUAACAUAUUAAAUGAAUUAGAUGAAAAUAUGAAAAAUAAAAUAACUGAAAAAAUUUUGAAAUAUAAGAAUUUAUAUAAUUAUGAGAUAAAAAUAUAUCGGCGUGGAAAGUAUACAAAAAAUGACUUAAAAGUUGUAUUGAAUAAUACCCCACUUUUAAAUAAUAUAAGAGUAACUAUUUAUAAAAAAAUAGAAUUUGAAAAACUGAAUAUUCUAAAAAAUAAAACAGAUAAUGAGUACAAUAAUUCAAUUGGUAGUAAGGAGAUGGAUAUAGUUGGAAAUGAUUUUCCUAAUAAUAAUGAUGCAAAAAUUAUAGAAAAAAAUAAUAAUGUAAAUUUAUCCAAUAAUAUAGAUAACAAUGAUAUAUCAAUGAAAAGUGAAGUUAGCCCUGGAACACUCCUUACACACUACAGUCCAGUUGUUUCAACAUAUUUAAUUGACAUAAUUAAAAAUAAAGAUGAAAAAAGUAAUAAAUAUAGUAGUAAAUUAUUAAAUAUAAAUUUGAAUAAAUGUAUAUUUUUAGAUAUAGGGAAUUCAUUUUUUGAAUAUGAAAAUAAUUUUUUAAAAUAUUUGAAUAUAUCUUAUGAUAAUUUGGAAGUAAAUGAACAAAUAAAGUAUGUAACAAAAAACUUUUUUUUAUUUUUGCGUAAAGCAGAAAAUUUGGCUAUAAAUCAUCAAGCCAAAUAUAUAUUUAUUUCAAUUGUUAAUUUAAAACCAUUGAAUGAACUUACUUUGUCAAUUUUUGACAGAAUUUUUAGAUCAGCUUCAGGAAAAAUUUUUAAAGUUUUUGUUAAUCAGGAUAAGCAAUUAGAAUUUUUCAAUAAUUAA